AUGUGGACGUCACGCUGCUCUGACCAUGUGGACGUCACUCGCUGCUCUGACCAUGUGGACGUCACUCGCAGCUCUGACCAUGUGGACGUCACUCUCUGCUCUGACCAUGUGGACGUCACUCUCUGCUCUGACCAUGUGGACGUCACUCUCUGCUCUGACCAUGUGGACGUCACUCGCUGCUCUGACCAUGUGGACGUCACUCUCUGCUCUGACCAUGUGAACGUCACGCUGCUCUGA